UUAUUUUCAUCUGGUAUAAUUUAUUUGUGUAUGUUAACCUCUACACGUUUUUUAGAGUUAUCUUCUCGCUUUAAUUUAUUGACUUCUCAUUUUUAUUAAUUUUAAUUUAAUGUUCAUUUCUUUGUUAUAAUCAUCAAUGGCUGCUGGAUAACGAAAAUCACAACUUUCAUGCUUUUUCUUGAAACUUCCAGAGCCUUCUGUUAUUUAUGUCACAUCUUUACCUACCUUUUGCUUCUUCAAAAACCUGUUUGUUAGCUCGGUAAUUUUGCUAAUUUCUGCUUCCAGCUUCUUAAACAAAGAAAAAGAAGAUUAAAAUGGAUGGAAGAGGAGCAUCAAGAUAUUGGUGUCAUCAGUGUUCAAGGAGGGUGGACCCCGCGAUGGAGGUGGAAUUAAAAUGUCCUAUUUGUCAACAAGGUUUUGUUGAGGAAAUGGGAUCAGACACUGCUCUUGAAAAUGAUUUGGGAGGGUCCGACUCUGAUCGUGCCCUCUCGCUAUGGGCGCCAAUCUUGUUAGGCAUGAUGAGCAAUCCUCGUCGUCGCUCUAGGUUUAGGCAUCAUCUCGAAUUUGAUAGUGAUGAUGAUGAUGAUCAUACUCGUGAAGGUGGGGACACGGAACUUGAUCCUGAGCUGGCAUCUAUAAUGAAUAGGCGGAGGAGGAACUCCGCCACUAUUCUCCAGCUCUUGCAAAGUAUUCGAGCUGGUAUGGAGAAUGCUGAGGGUGAAAAUAGUGGGGAGACAGGUAGAGAGAGUAGGGAUGGCGAGGAGCGUGUGAUACUUGUAAAUCCAUUCAAUCAAACCAUCAUUGUGCAGGGUUCUUAUGAUUCGGAUAAUAGUGACCGCCCCAUUGGCUCAUUGGGUGAUUAUUUCAUUGGUCCUGGUUUAGACAUGUUGCUGCAACAUUUGGCAGAGAAUGAUCCGAAUAGGUAUGGUACUCCACCAGCUCAAAAAGAGGCUGUAGAGGCAUUGCCUGCGGUGAAAAUUGACGAGACGCUGCAGUGUUCCGUGUGUUUGGAAGACUUUGAGAUUGGGACUGAAGCCAAAGAGAUGCCUUGUAAGCACAAGUUUCACAGCGAGUGUAUCUUACCGUGGCUGGAGCUUCAUAGCACCUGUCCAGUCUGUAGGCAUCAGUUGCCCUCUGAUGAAUCAAAAGUUGAGAAUGUCACUGGUAACACAAAUGCUGCUCAGAGUAGUGAUACAAGGAAUGAAAACGGUCGACGUUUUCCAGUGUCGCUUCCAUGGCCUUUGAGUGGUUUGUUUACAUCAGGUACCCAAUCUAGUAAUGGAAAUUCAUCAUCAACGACUACUUCAUCAGGAAAUGCAAACUCAAAUGCUCAUAUGCAUGAUGAUUAGCGGAUCUUCUUUGGCCUUGCUUGUGUACAUAGACUGGUACUUGCUAAAUUUUAGUAAUUGCAAACAAUCCUGUUCUUGCCUGCCUGUAUUAUAUGGAGGAUCAUUUUACUUUUGUUAGACUAGAUGCCUGCCGAGCUCAAAGACUCUCUUCUGUUUGUAUAGCUUUAAAAUAUAUGUCUUCGUACACUUUUUGAUUAACUAUCUCAAAAAAGCUCAACCCUCAAAUCCUUGAAGCUAAUGGAUUGAAUGAAAGGGUCUAUGUUCUAUGUCUUCUGAAUCAUGGAAAUCAAAAGAAUUACUUGGUUUUGUUUCUGA